AUGUCUGGGGACAGGGACUCCAAGCAGAACCUCGUCCUCAAAACCAUCCGCAGGAAAAGAGGCAGCGUCAAACGCCAACCAGACGCCUCCGGCCCAGAGCGUACACCCCAUAGAGACAACGACGACCCCAUGGACCGGCCAGACAGCCUGACUGAGGAGCCCGGCCCAGGCCAGAGGGAAGACCCCAGGGAUGGCCUGCACUAUUGUUUUGGGGAAAUUGACUUCGUGGGAUCUGGGAUGAAACGAGGAAAGGCCCUGAUGGUGGCCCAGGCGACGCCCCCCGGGGUCAUCUUCGACGUCCUGAUGAACGUGUGGCACCUGCCGCCACCCAACUUGGUGAUUUCCCUGGUGGGCGAGGAGGACAACGUCCAGAUGAAGGCGCGACUUCGAGCCGUCCUGAGAAAAGGCCUGGUCACCGCCGCCCAGUCCACUGGGGCCUGGAUCCUAACCGGGGGUCUCCGGGUGGGCAUCUCCGGGUACAUCGGGCAGGCCGUCCGCGACCUCUCCUUGGCCAGCACGUCCACCCAAGUGCAGGUCGUGGCCAUUGGCAUCGCUUCCCUGGGGAGGGUCUCACACGGGGAAGACCUCGCCCGCCUCAAGACGGACACUACAGUGGUCUACAAGUCGGACGAUAACGCCCAGGGCCCUCGCUACAGCCUGGACCCAAACCACUCGCAUUUCAUCUUGGUGGAGCCGACGGAGGAGGACCGGGCGACCCCGGGGUCAGGGGUCACCGGUGGGAGCGACCCCCAGGGCGGACCCACGGGGCUGCGGCUGGCCCUGGAGAAGCACAUCUCCGAGCAGCGGACGGGCUACGGAGGAACAGGCAGCAUUGAGAUCCCCGUGCUCUGCCUGCUGGUAAACGGAGGCCCCGGAGCCCUGGAGAGGAUCUGGGGGGCAAUGGAGCAAUCCGCACCCUGGCUGAUCCUGGCCGGCUCAGGGGGCAUCGCGGACGUGGUGGCCUCUCUGACGGCCGAAGGCCGCAUCACACCUCAGCUGGUCAGCAAGCACUGCAGGGACAGAUUCCCCACCGAAAACUUCCCGUGGGAAGAGGUCACGCGCUGCACCCGACUGCUGCAAAACAUCAUUUCCCAGCGGCAUCUGCUAACGGUGUACGAUUUUGAGCAGGAAGGGUCCGAAGAGCUGAACACCGUCAUGCUGAAAGCACUGGUGAAAGCGUGCAAGAGCCACAGCCAGGAGGCCCAGGAAUACCUGGACGAGCUGAAGUUGGCCGUGGCCUGGAACAGGGUGGACAUCGCCAAGAGUGAGAUCUUCAACGGCGACGUGGAGUGGAAGUCGUGCGACCUGGAAGAGGUGCUGAUGGACGCCCUGGUCAACGACAAGCCCGACUUCGUGCGGCUGUUCGUGGACAACGGCGCCGACGUGCUCCAUUUCCUGACCUACAGCCGCCUGCAGGACCUCUACCGCUCCGUGUCCCCCAAAACCCUCCUCUUCCACCUGCUGAGCCGCAAGCGCGAGCCCUCGAACCCCGGACCCGCCGCCCCGGCCUUCUCCCUGCACGACGUGGCCCGCGUGCUCAAGGACUUUCUGCACGACGCCAGCCGGGGCUUCUACCCGGACCCCCGGGCCCCCGGACCCCGGAGGGCCGAGAAAAGGGGGGCCAAGCGGCCGAGCGGACCCAGGCCGUUCCUCGACAUGAACCAGAAGAGCGGGAAUCCGUGGCGGGACCUCUUCCUCUGGGCCGUCCUCCAGAAUAGGCACGAGAUGGCCAACUACUUCUGGACCAUGGGGCAGGAGGGGGUGGCCGCCGCCCUGGCCGCCUGCAAGAUCCUCAAGGAGAUGGCCCGGCUGGAGACGGAGGCCGAGGCCGCCCGCAGCAUGAAGGAGGCCAACUACGAGCAGCUGGCGUUGGACCUCUUCACCGAAUGCUACAGCAACAGCGAGGACCGGGCCUUCGCCCUCCUGGUGCGAAGGAACCGCGACUGGAACAAGGCCACCUGCCUACACCUGGCCGCCGAGGCCGACACCAAAGCCUUCUUCGCCCACGAGGGCGUCCAGGCUUUCCUGACCAAAAUCUGGUGGGGGGACAUGGCCACGAGUACCCCCAUCCUCAGCCUGCUCUGUGCUUUCUCCUGCCCCGUCCUCAUCUACACCAACCUCAUCACCUUCAGGUCAGCCGGUGGGCAGCCCCCGGGCGGCGAGGAAACGUCCAUGAAAAACGGACCGGAGUCGCCCAAGGACCAGGACGGCGAGAGGGCCUGGCUGUUCCAGUCCGCCGGCCCGAGGGACGACGAAGAGGCGACGUUGGCGGAGGCUUCGGGGGUCCCGGGCCGGCGGGGCUGUGGCCCGGUGGUCUGCGGGCGCUGGCGGCAGUUUUGGGGGGCCCCCGUGACGGUGUUCCUGGGCAACGUCAUCAUGUACUUCGCCUUCCUCUUCCUGUUCGCCUACGUCCUCCUGCUGGACUUCCGGCCGCCCCCGCCCCAAGGCCCGUCCGGCCCCGAGGUCACCCUCUACUGCUGGGUCUUCACGCUGGUCCUGGAGGAGAUCCGGCAGGGCUUCUUCACUGACCAGGACAGCAGCCUGGGGAAGAUGUUCGGGCUUUACGUGGAAGACAACUGGAACAAGUGUGACCUGGUGGCCCUCUUCCUCUUCAUCCUGGGCAUCUCCUGCAGGAUGGUGACUUCAGGGUACCAGGCGGGACGGACCAUCCUGGCCAUCGACUUCAUGGUGUUCACCCUGCGGCUCAUCCACAUCUUCGCCAUCCACAAGCAGCUGGGGCCCAAGAUCAUCAUCGUGGAGCGCAUGAUGAAGGACGUCUUCUUCUUCCUGUUCUUCCUGAGCGUUUGGCUCAUCGCCUACGGCGUCACCAUCCAGGCCCUGCUGCACCCCGACGACAGUCGCCUCGAGUGGAUCUUUCGCCGCGUCCUCUACAGGCCCUACCUGCAGAUCUUCGGGCAGAUCCCGCUGGACGAGAUGGACGUUGCUCGCAUCAACUGUUCCUCCAACCCGCUGCUCCUGGAAGACUCUCCGUCCUGCCCCAACGGGUACGCCAACUGGCUGGUCAUUCUCCUGCUGGUCAUCUUCCUCCUGGUCACCAACGUGCUACUUAUGAACCUCCUCAUCGCCAUGUUCAGCUACACCUUCCAGUUGGUCCAGGGCAACGCGGACAUGUUCUGGAAGUUCCAGCGCUACAGCCUCAUCGUGGAGUACCACAGCCGGCCCGCCCUGGCACCCCCCUUCAUCCUCUUCAGCCACAUCCGACUCCUGCUCCAACGCGCCUCACACCAGGUGGAACGCAAACAGGAGCACCUGGUGCGAGACCUCCCGGAGGCGCUGGAGCAGAGGAUCAUCACUUGGGAGACGGUGCAGAAGGAAAGUCUGUUGGCCAGGCUGGACAAGAGGAAGACGGAGAGCAACCGGGAGGUCCUCAAGAAAAUCUCCAAUAAAGUUGAGCUGAUCGCCAAGUAUCUGGAUGGGCUGAGGGAGCAGGAGAGACGCUUCAGGCCUCUGGAGCCCCAGGUUGCCCAGUCCGCUGAACUCUCCAGAGGCCAGGUGGGCGGCCAGUGCAGUGAGGGAGUCCGUCAGGAGGGCCGGCCGGCGGCCCUGGGGCGCUGA